ACGGAAAAUCAUGGGUUCGGAUUGUAAAGAUUAUAUUGUCCAUGACAGUAAAUAACCGAACAAAAAAAAAAAAAAACGAAAAGUCAAGUUUGUCAAAUUUCUCCCCAAAAAUAAAAAUGGAUAUUUUGUUGCAACGCCAUUGCGCUCGUUACAUUUACGUAGUACCUGAGGGUCUUCGCGAGCUCAUGAACGACAUUUCUAGAGAAGUCAUCAGAAGUCAACCCGAAGACAUGUACACUUUUAUUGCCGACUACUUAGACGCUCUUCUCAUAACCCGAGAAAACGCUCGAGUUGCUGCAAGAUUUGUGCAAUAUUUGAGUGAAGCAUCCGAGACCAUCGUUGACCUGUUGAACAGAACAGGAAUGACUAGAGAGGUUGCAGACAGAACUGCUGGCAUUAUACAGGAGGCUUUCAGAGCUUGGACCGAGAGAAAAGGAAUACUGAAGGAAGACGAAGACGCAAUUGUGGCGAAGAUCAUAGAAGACGCGCAGGUUUCUGAAGCACAGGUCCAAGCAGCCGCUGCUGUUAUUCAAAGUGCGUUUAAAAUGUAUAAGAAGCGGCAGCAGAGGGAAGCUCAGUUGCUUAGUGGGAUCAUCGACUGGAGGGUGGCAGCGCGGAGCGCUAUUAAGUUGUACAGAAAAAGUGGGGUGUCGCCGGAAGAGACGAAGAGGGCUGCUAAUCUCAUCAAAGCUGCGUAUAAGGGGUACUACACCAGGAGGGCUAUCCGGCUGCUCACUGAAACGCCAGUUGAAGAAGAACCAGCUGAAGACGCUGGAAGUGCAGACACCUCCUCCAUGGCGUCGACCGACACCGGAGAUCGACGAAAGUCCAAAGGUGUUCGUAUUGACUACUCCUCGGUGGUACCCCAUGUCGACUUCGGCGAUGAGGAACUUAUUUCUCGUGACUUCACUGGCUCGAUUGCAGAGACAGAGGAAGAAGUUCACAAGGAAGACGUAACGGGGAAAACCUUUGGGGACGCAGAGAAACCCGAACCAGAGAAAGAUGACACGAAAUCCAGAACAGAUGAUGACUUUAUUCGCACUAUAUUACGCGGUCUUGUCGACAGCAUAGUAGGAGAUGGGGACGAAGCAGUAAUGCCCAUAAUUCUCGAAGAGCAGGACUCAGAUAUAGAUGACUUUGUCCCUCCGCCUGUCGAAGAGAGCCACGAACCUCACCACUACAAGGCACUAAGUGUACCUCAAAUGUCACAAGAAGAACUCGACAUGGAACUGCAAGAAGUCGAACGAGAAAUGAUCAAAGUACGUGCAACAAGUCAAGUUGCGGAUAAAACAUCACUCAGCGGGGAACCGUCAGAGGGAGAGCCGUCCCAACCAGAAGCACGACCGUCCCAAGCAGAGCCACGACCGUCCCAAGCAGAGCCACGCCCAUCCAAAGCAGGGCCACGCCCAUCCCAAGCCGAGCCACGACCGUCAAAAGCAGAGCCACGACCGUCCCAAGCAGAAUCACAAGCGUCUCAAGCAGAGCCACGAGCGUCCCAAACAGAGCCACGAGCAUCUCAAACAGAGCCACGGCCGUCCCAAGCAGAGCCCCGAUCCUCUCAAGUGCCAGCUGUUGAAGGUGAAGAGGUGACAGGUGAACCGCCAGCACAAGAAGCCACUGAGUUUCCUAAAGAGGAAACCACUACAGAACCACCCCCAGAAGUACCGGCUGAAGCUGAAGCUCCCGAACAGUGAUCACAGAAGGGAGGAUAAACACAACAUAAAUGCAGUCCAGAGUACUAACUUUAUUAAAAAUUAUUAUGUUAGCAACCCUUUAAUAAAAAGGUUGUCUGAUUCUUGAA